GCCUGGCUGCGCCACAUGGGAUGUGAGCACUGGAUACCCAGCUCAUGCAGUGUGCACUUUAUACCCUCCUGCUUCCAGUGGUGCUGGGGAGUUCGCUACCUGCGGCCAGAUGCAAUGCCCUCCAUCUUCUCCAGGGCAUCACCUGACAAGAGUCAGCAGAGGACCAGGAGCACUAAGAAGCCCAUGGCGCUGCUACUUCCCUCCCAGCAAGAAGCUACAUCUGUGCCCUGGGAGCCGCCUGUGCAGCCUCCAGUGCACUUUGUGGUGUUGGGACCCACGUCUGGAGGCCCUGAGGCUGGAACCGCCAUGCUCCUGACCCCCUUGUCCCCUCCAUCUACUUCUGCAGGCCUGAGGCCUGGAGACCCGGCCCAGCACCCACAAGCCAGGCUGGGGGCCACCCUUGGGGUACUGCAGCAGCGGGUUUUCAGGCUGCAGAGGCACCAGGAGCAGCACCAGGCAUAGCUGCAGGCUCUGGAACAGCUGGCACAGCAGCUGUGCAGAGAGAGCCUGCUGGCCCGGGCACUCAGAGGGCCACCAUGCCUAGUGAGUGCUGCUGGGACUGGUGCACAGGGCACCUGCUUUACCUUCAGGGUAUCUGCAAUAAACCAGGGUCCAGUGUUUCCUGAUCUGUUUUCAUUGUAUGUUUGUGUGUCCCUCUGUCUCCCUUGUGUUCCCUGUUUCUACUGCUUUUUACCUGGAAUGGCCCAGCUGCUUGGAUCCAAGGAAUCUCAAACCUUCACCAUCAUCUGUGGAGAUCCUGGUAUAACCAUGGUCCUUGCCCAAGGUCCUGUACCUGCUACCCUGGAUGCCAAGCCUGAGCCCCUGGAUACCAGGAUCAGAGGGACAAUGUCAUGGGACAGGGAUAGAAGAUGGAAGAAGAGUGAUCAUCACACCUGACAUUUACCAGGCCCUGUUACCCACACCUGGGUCCCACCCCCCUCUGAGGGACCCCUGGAACCUUAUUUGUGACUUUGGCCUAAGUUACCUCAUCUCCUGGGAUGCUCAUCCCCUGGAGUGCCCAACCUCUGCUAUCCCCAGCUCAAACCUUUGCAGUCUGAGCAACAAGCUCUGAGCAGAACAAGAGUGACUUGUUCAAGGAGUGCUGUGCCUGGUUCUGAAGAGCCCCUGGUGUACUGUGUCAAGCUUGCUGUGGGGUUCGGGACACAGCAGU